UCUUCUCUCUCUCAAAUAAUUUUCGAUCUCAAUUCCUAAAAAAUCUCAAUUAUAGGAAAAAAAAUCCAACCCUAAAAUCCUCACUCUCUCUUUGCCUUCCCACACGGUGAAUUUUGUUGAAAUAAUACAAGAGAUGAGCAAAGAACACCCGCCUGAGCCACUCGAUUUCUUCAUUUGGACUGUCGAGGAUGUUGGUAUGUGGUUGGAAGAGAUAAAUCUUGGUAGCUACCGCCAGAUUUUCAAAGAAAAUGGUGUCAAUGGGGAAUACUUAGAAGGCAUGUCUAUGUUCACAACUGAACAGAUUCUUCGCUUUAUAAGGCGAUGCCAUAUGAAGUGGGGAGACUUCAUCACACUAUGCAAGGAACUCAGACGAAUAAAAGUGGCUUGCCUAAAAGGAGAGCAAAAAGUUCGCAGGCCAUGGUGGGCUCCUUCUUGCCUUUCAGCAGUCUUUGUGAAGGUGGCAAAGCGCAACAGACAGUCACGUGUUGUUUCCUUGAAGCUGGAAGCAUGAUUGCAAAAUAUGAUUUUAUGUACGUAUAUGU